ACAACAUGUUCAAGUAUCCUGGGGACAUAUUUGUGGAAGAAAACAGUGCACAUAAACCAUAAACUCUUUGUGGCUCCAAACCAAAAGAAACUUUAAUAAGACUGUUGUUUUGAUAGCACUUGUAUUUGCAGACACAAGGUCAACCAAUCUUUGUAAUACUAACUACUUGUCACACUAAUCUAAAUCAUAAUGGAUGGUGACUAUGUCCUAUGUUUUUGGAAAGAACAGUUAUGGCCAGCAGAAGUCUUAUGUAGGUCUGAAAUUGCGUCAAGUAGUAAAAGGGUAACGGCAUAUUCUCUGGAAGUUCAGUUACUUCCAAUAGGUGAGAAAAUUACCGUGAUCAGCAGAGACACAAUACCACUAACUAAAUCCGAGGUUGAAGCUAUUUUGGCCUCACUAGCAGAACAGUCAGAGGUCAAAGUUCUCCCUAGGGAAGAGACAGCCUAUGAAAAAUCGCUGAAAAUGGCGCUGGAAGUGGUGACAGAGAUAAAUGAGAGCCAGGAAAGCAUGCCAGAUGAAGAAGACACCGCUAGAGCAUCUGAAAGUGAACCGGUGGAGGGGUCUGAUUCACCUCCCCCUAAAAAGUAUCGGAAACUGGAAAGCAGCCCCCAAGAAGACUCAGCCUCCAUUUUACUGUGCUCAGAGAGUGAUGAUUCCCUAGCUGACGAUAAGAUGCAAGUGUACACCAUUUAUGGGGGUAUUCCAGGUGAAGAGGAUUCAAAGCCACCCCGGGGCUUCAGCUGGUACCCAGUUUACCCUUCGUUUAUAAACGAUGAUGAUGAUGAUGAUGAUAAAAAAGAAGAAAAGAAAAAGGUUGACAUCUCAACAAUUAUGUCUGUGAAUUUAUCAUUCAAAGAGGAAAGUGAAGACAUUAAAGAAGAAAAGUUUAUUGUAUCAGCAGACGAUCUGGUUGUAGCCAAAGAAGAGAUCCAAGGCAUGUACCCAGAAGCCCCAGCAGGUUCCUCUGAGUGCUCCACCUUCCCAGAGGAUUAUAUGGACGAUCCUGGAGAGGGCCCAUCAUAUCUGAUUCCAUGCUUCUAUGGCAGCCAGAAUCUCUAUGGCAGCCAGAAUCUCUGUGGCAGCCAGAAUCUCUAUGGCAGCCAGAAUCAAUCUUCUGUGGAAUCAGAAAUGGAUGCUGAGACCUCCCCUGAAGGCUGCUCAGGGGACUCUCAGGUUUCACUUCCUGUCUGUAGUAAUCCAGUCAACAGUGACCUACUAAUUCAGAGACCAGAUUUUGAAGAUCUUGAGGAAGAAGCUCAAGCUUCUGACAAACUACCUUCUCUAAAUCCUGUUAGUGCAGCUGCACUAGGCAAUGAUGAAGAGAAUGAAGAAGAGCUUCCGCGCUUCCUUCUCCGCUACGAGACGCGGGCAUUUGAACCCGGAAUGAUAGUGUGGUUUAAAUAUCAAAAAUGCCCAUUUUGGCCAGCAGUGAUAAAAAGCAUUAGGCGAAAAGAGAGGAAAGCAAGUGUGCUUUUGGUUGAGGCAAACAUGAAUCCUCAAAAGAAAGGCGUUAGAGUCUCUUUGAGAAGAUUAAAAAAAUACGACUGUAAAGAGAAGCAGGAACUAGUGGAGAAAGCUAGGGAGGAGUAUGGUGAAAGCAUCGAUUGGUGCGUGUCGCUGAUUUGCGACUAUAGAGUUAGACUAGGUUGUGGAUCUUUUAAGGGCUCAUUCUUUGAGUACUAUGCUGCUGACAUCAGUUACCCAGUCAGGAAAAUAAUCAAUCAAGACACCUUCAGAAAUAUCUUUCCAAAGCUACCCAAUGAAGACACAGGGGAGCAAAUGUCUGUGACUUCCCAUGCCAAGAAAAUAUCUUUCCAGAAAAUUCUCCCUGAUCGGAUGAAGCCUGCUCGGGACCGUGCUAACAAGAACCUGGUCAAUUUCAUUGUCAAUGAAAAAGGUGCAGAGAGCCAUCUCUUGGGCAUUUUAAAGGGCACAAAAAAAUCCAGAUGGCUGAAAUCAUUUUUGAAUGCCAAGAGUUUCACACCCUGUAUCGAAACAUACUUUGAAGAUGAAGAUCAACUAGAUCAGGUGGUGAAAUAUCUACAAGAAAUCUAUAAACAAAUCGAUCAGAAGAUGCUCACUCUGAUAAAAAAUGACAAAAUUAAGUUUAUCUUGGAAGUUCUUCUACCAGAAGCGAUUAUUUGCUCCAUUUCUGUAGUUGAUGGCUUAGAUUAUAAGGUGGCUGAGGCAAAGUAUCUGAAAGGACCGUCCCUUGGCUAUAGGGAGAGAGAAUUAUAUGAUUCCAAAAUCAUAUUCGAAAAGAGACGGAGGUCGUCAGCAAACGAAGCUCAGUAAUUAUGCCAAGAGUUGAAACCGUAAGGGAAGCUAGAGGAAACUUUGGAAAAGUAAUCAUCUAGAAUUUCCAACAUGUAAAUAUUGGCGAAAAUAUGUGCAGGGAGGGUCUUUGAAUUACAAGUCCUUUUAUUUUUGGAAGAUCUGUGCAAUCUGCAGAUACCACUACAUCCAUCUUUAUUUUCUUGCAGUUUUUCAGAAUCAGCAUUGUCAAUAUAUUUUUAGCAGUUUAAUUUCUUAAUACAUUUUAGAAUGCAUAAUUCUUAAGCGAUUUUAAGGGAAAUUACUAUUUUGUUCUAUGAUAUUUUGUGUCUUUGCUGUGUAGGUAAAUACAGUAUGCACAUUCAGUUUGAUAAAAUUGCACUGGUGUUAGAUUUUAAGCUAGAGAAUUAGAAGAGAUGUCGAAAACAAAUAUUAGUUAUAUAUUUUUUUGCUCAGUUUUUUAAAUAAAAUACUAAGUUUUCUCUUAAGAUAGCUGAAUUAUUUUUCUUGUCAUGCUUAUUUAUUUUUUGGAAAAUUAUCUCUAAAUCAUAGAACCAAAGAUAGACUACAUGUUGCUACAUGUCAUAACUAACCACAAUCGCUUUUGCAAGGAAACAAUCUAAAAUUAAAAAGUAUAUGGGUUAUCUGCAUGUAUUCUGUGUGUGUGUGCGUGUACAACAUCUCAGCAUGCAGAAAAUGACUUUUGGCAUCUAUGAACAGAAUUGUUCAUUCUACACUUCUCUGAAAUUCCAGUUUGAGGAGUGUCUGUCUUUUGAUGCUGAAUCGUUUUUAAAACAGAUGAGUUUCUGGUUAUCUUCGUAAUUGUGAGUAGGUCUUAUUACUAUAGCUAUCUGAGCACAUGUAGAAAACAGUUAUAAUUAGCAUAUCAACAGUACUGCCCCUCCACACGCCAGGGUUGCUGCGUCAAGGUCUACCUAGUUAGUAUAAACUAGAAAAAGCAAGCACUGUGUUCAGAAUCCUGUCUCCAGUUAGAAAUCCAUUUGUCUCAAACCAAGCAAGCU